ACUGUUAACACAGAACGGUCACAAACAAACAAAAAGACUACCGACAAAAUAAAAGAUAUCAAAAAACAAAUUAUCUUUUGCCACAUUCUUGUCUCAAUCUUCCUCUUCUUUCCUCCCAAUCUCUUUAACUAGCUUCGGUUCAGUUUCCGGUGAUCACCAACCGGAUCUGGUCCAAGAAAGAAUCUCGUCGACAAUAUCAACAAGCAUUCUCUCUCAACCAACUCUGUCUCCUCCUUUUGAUUGCUGCUUUACUUACUUUUAGCUCCAACGAUGGCCAUUGCAUUAGUUUCCUUGUAAUUUGGAGAGUUUUCUCAUAGAACUUGAGAUCUGUUUUUGGUUGGUGAGAUUGUUAAUGCGUUGAGAAUUGUCGGUUCAUAAACUCAGAGAUUAUGAGAAUGCGGUCGUGUUAAUCCGGAAAUUGUGGUUGACUUGAGUGAGAGAGAUUCUUGAUUUUUUUCGAGGAGUAAUAACAAUAAAUGUUUCCCCUGGUUUUGCGUGGUGAUGAUUACACUUACCUUGACUUAAUGAUCUGAUUAGUCUUCUUAUAGAGACUUAAAGCGUGGAAUCUAUUUGAUGAACCCCCCCCCCCUGUGAGGAGAUUUAGAAAUGUGUAAAGCGGAGAAGUGUCUAUACCACAGGAAGCUCUUAGAGAUGAAGGUUAAGUAUCUAGGAGAAACCAAGAUUGACAAGUUCAAGAUCUCCUUGGUUUUCAGGUCUCGUAUGAGCCUAUGGAUGAUUCGGGUUAUGACCAUACUGUUGAUAUGGAGUUGUUUUGUUCAUUUGGUUGCUUUGGGUGGGAUGUGGGGACCAAGGUUGCUGAAAGGCUGGCCUUGUUGGCUCAGCCGCCAUGAGUUCCCAAUGGCUGCACAAGAAAUGGCUUCUCUUCCAAUGAAAAUAGCCCUCCCUCCUAAAAGGAUAUAUCAUAACAAUGGCUAUCUUAUGGUUUCUUGCAAUGGAGGACUCAACCAAAUGCGAGCUGCGAUAUGUGAUAUGGUCACUAUUGCAAGGUACAUGAAUGUCACACUUAUUGUCCCAGAGCUUGACAAGGCCUCUUUCUGGAAUGAUCCUAGUGAAUUCAAAGACAUAUUUGAUGUGGACCACUUCAUAACUUCUUUGAGAGAUGAGGUUCGUAUACUCAAAGAGGUUCCUCCAAGGCUUAGGAGAAGGGUCGAACUCGGUGUGUACCACACCAUGCCUCCUGUUAGCUGGUCUAACAUGUCCUACUACCAAGACCAGAUUCUUCCCUUGGUGAAGAAGCACAAGGUCUUACAACUGAACAAAACAGAUACUCGGCUUGCCAAUAACGAACUUCCUGUCGAGGUUCAGAAGCUGAGAUGUAGAGUAAAUUUCAACGCUCUUAGGUUCACUCCAAAGAUUGAGGAACUAGGUAGAAGAGUAGUCAAGAUUCUGAGGGAGAAAGGUCCCUUUCUGGUUCUCCAUCUCAGAUACGAAAUGGACAUGUUGGCAUUCUCUGGUUGCUCUCACGGUUGCAACCGCUACGAAGAGGAAGAACUCACAAGAAUGAGAUAUGCUUAUCCAUGGUGGAAAGAGAAAAUAAUAAACUCAGAGUUGAAGAGGAAAGAAGGUCUUUGCCCAUUGACUCCUGAAGAAACAGCUCUGACACUAUCGGCCUUAGGCAUUGACCGUAAUGUUCAAAUUUACAUAGCUGCCGGAGAGAUAUACGGUGGUAAAAGGAGGUUAAAGGCUUUAACAGACGUCUUUCCAAAUGUGGUCAGGAAAGAAACUCUGCUCGAUUCGUCUGAUUUGAGUUUUUGUAAGAACCGUUCUUCUCAAAUGGCUGCUCUUGAUUACCUGAUCUCUCUAGAAAGUGAUAUAUUCGUUCCUACUUAUUAUGGGAACAUGGCCAAAGUCGUGGAAGGUCACCGCAGGUUCUUGGGGUUCAAGAAAACGAUUGAGCUAAAGAGGAAGUUCUUGGUUGAUCUAAUAGAUGAAUACUAUGAAGGACUGUUGAGCUGGGAAGUGUUUUCGACCAGGGUGAAGGCCUCUCACGGUACAAGAAUGGGAGGUCCCAAGAAGCGGCUUGUGAUUCCGAGUAAACCUAAAGAAGAAGACUACUUCUAUGCUAAUCCAUAUGAAUGUCUUCAGCUAUUACGUGAGAGUAGUGGCAAUUCACCAGAAGAAACAAUGUGAUCUGAUCCACACCAUUGUCGAUGGAGAUCAUGGAGCCGGAGAUCUUUGGAUUGUAUAUCAAUCUGGAAGAUGGGGUUUAAAAGGGGACCAAUCACCCCCCCCAGUGAGACGUUAUUUGAGGUUCUUUGGUCUACAGCGACUUUCUGAAGAGCUAUCAAUGUUUUGAGGGAAGUGUAAGAAAAUAAAUGCUUUACCCACAAGAUAGAAGUCAUCUUUUUUUUUUUUUUUGUAACACAACUUUCAUUAAACCUAAACUCCAAAAGUCAGGGGAGCCAUUACAGAGGAUUCAUUCCA